AUGUCAUUGGAGGAGAUCCAUGAAACUUUGCAAGCAAAUAAUGUGUAUUCCAAAGAUGACUGCUAUAUGGAAUUGUGUUUAGAGGCUUGUAUUGAUAAAGGAUAUUCUUCAGAUGGUACUAGUGAUUGGCCGUCUCAAGAGAAGCUCAAAGUUUUUAUGUCCAAGUCCAAACACCUCUUUGCUAAACUUAAUUAUGCUGAGCAGAUUAAGAAGAAACAGGAAGCUGAAUUAGAGAGGCAAUCUCAGCAAUUGAAUGAGGCGUUGAUGGAAAGGAACUUCAAAAGGAUUACAAGAUCCCAAGCUAAAGAUCAGUGUAUUCACAAUUCUGUCAUUUUAUGUGAUGGAAAAGAAAUUCUGAAAUGCUUGGGAUUAAUUGAUGUUGAUAACGUUGGAUAUAAAGCUAUACAGUAA